AGGAGGGGGAACACAAACCUGUCAGCCUCUUACUCAGCUGCAGCCUCUGGAGCCGCCGGCGCCCUACCUGCCGGGCCGCUCACCUGUGCCUGCCGCGGCCCAACUCACCUGGCCGAGCCGAGGAGCCGUCGCCGGGCCGCGCCUCGCUGGGACUGCGAUGUGCCGGCCCUAGCUGCCGUCUGAGAGGAUGUCUGGGGUGUCCGAGCCCCUGAGCCGAGUAAAGGUGGGCACGUUACGCCGGCCUGAAGGCCCCCCGGAGCCCAUGGUGGUGGUACCGGUAGACGUGGAAAAGGAAGACGUGCGCAUCCUCAAGAUCUGCUUCUACAGCAACAGCUUCAAUCCCGGGAAGAACUUCAAACUGGUCAAAUGCACGGUGCACACGGAGAUCCGGGAGAUCAUCACCUCCAUCCUGCUGAGUGGCCGCAUCGGGCCCAACAUCCAGCUGGCCGAGUGCUACGGGCUGAGGCUGAAGCACAUGAAGUCGGACGAGAUCCACUGGCUGCACCCGCAGAUGACGGUGGGCGAAGUGCAGGACAAGUAUGAGUGUCUCCACGUGGAAGCCGAGUGGAGGUAUGACCUUCAGAUCCGCUACUUGCCGGAAGACUUCAUGGAGAGCUUGAAGAAAGACAGGACCACGCUGCUGUACUUUUACCAACAGCUCCGGAACGACUACAUGCAGCGCUACGCCAGCAAGGUCAGCGAGGGCAUGGCCCUGCAGCUCGGCUGUCUAGAGCUCAGGCGGUUCUUCAAGGACAUGCCCCACAAUGCACUGGACAAGAAGUCCAACUUUGAGCUCCUGGAAAAGGAAGUGGGACUGGACUUGUUUUUCCCAAAGCAGAUGCAGGAGAACUUAAAGCCCAAGCAGUUCCGCAAGAUGAUCCAGCAGACGUUCCAGCAGUACGCCUCGCUCAGGGAGGAGGAAUGCGUCAUGAAGUUCUUCAACACGCUCGCCGGCUUUGCCAACAUCGACCAGGAGACCUAUCGCUGUGAACUCAUUCAAGGAUGGAACAUCACCGUGGACCUGGUGAUCGGCCCUAAGGGCAUCCGCCAGCUGACCAGCCAAGACGCAAAGCCCACCUGCCUGGCCGAGUUCAAGCACAUCAGGUCCAUCCGGUGCCUCCCGCUGGAGCAGGGCCAGGCGGUGCUGCAGCUGGGCAUCGAGAGCGCCCCCCAGGCUUUGUCCAUCAAAACCUCGUCCCUUGCGGAGGCUGAGAACAUGGCUGACCUCAUAGACGGCUACUGCCGGCUGCAGGGGGAGCACGGAGGCUCUCUCAUCGUCCAUCCCAGGAAAGACGGUGAGAAGCGGAACAGCCUGCCCCAGAUCCCCAUGCUAUCCCUGGAGGCCCGGCGGUCCCAACUCUCAGAGAGCUGCAGCAUCGAGUCAGACAUCUACGCGGAGAUUCCCGACGAGACCCUGCGAAGGCCCGGAGGUCCGCAGUAUGGCGUCGCCCGCGAAGACGUGGUUCUGAAUCGUAUCCUCGGGGAAGGCUUCUUUGGGGAGGUCUAUGAAGGUGUCUACACGAAUCACAAAGGGGAGAAAACCAACGUGGCCGUCAAGACCUGCAAGAGGGACUGCACUCUGGACAACAAGGAGAAGUUCAUGAGCGAGGCAGUGAUGAUGAAGAACCUCGACCACCCGCACAUCGUGAAGCUGAUCGGCAUCAUCGAAGAGGAGCCCACCUGGAUCAUCAUGGAGCUGUACUCCUACGGGGAGCUGGGCCACUACCUGGAGCGAAACAAGAGCUCCCUGAAGGUGCUCACCCUGGUCCUGUACGCGCUGCAGAUAUGCAAGGCCAUGGCCUACCUGGAGAGCAUCAACUGCGUGCACAGGGACAUCGCCGUCCGGAACAUCCUGGUGGCCUCCCCUGAGUGUGUGAAGCUGGGGGACUUUGGCCUUUCCCGGUACAUUGAGGACGAGGAAUAUUACAAAGCCUCUGUGACUCGUCUCCCCAUCAAAUGGAUGUCCCCAGAGUCUAUCAACUUCCGCCGCUUCACGACAGCCAGCGACGUCUGGAUGUUUGCCGUGUGCGUGUGGGAGAUCCUGAGCUUUGGGAAGCAGCCUUUCUUCUGGCUGGAGAACAAGGACGUCAUCGGGGUGCUCGAGAAAGGGGACCGGCUGCCCAAGCCCGACGUCUGUCCGCCUGUGCUGUACACCCUCAUGACCCGCUGCUGGGACUACGACCCCAGCGACCGGCCCCGCUUCACGGAGCUCGUGUGCAGCCUCAGUGACAUUUAUCAGAUGGAGAAGGACAUUGCCAUAGAGCAAGAGAGGAAUGCUCGCUACCGACCCCCCAAAAUCUUGGAGCCUACGGCCUUCCAGGAACCCCCACCCAAGCCCAGCCGGCCCAAGUACAGACCCCCUCCGCAAACCAACCUUCUGGCCCCCAAGCUGCAAUUCCAGGUCCCAGAGGGUCUGUGUGCCAGCUCUCCCACGCUCACCAGCCCUAUGGAGUACCCGUCUCCCGUUAACUCUCUGCACACCCCGCCUCUCCACCGGCACAAUGUCUUCAAGCGCCACAGCAUGCGGGAGGAGGACUUCAUCCGGCCCAGCAGCCGAGAGGAGGCCCAGCAGCUGUGGGAGGCCGAGAAGAUCAAGAUGCGGCAGAUCCUGGACAAGCAGCAGAAGCAGAUGGUGCUGGAUUACCAGUGGCUGCGGGAGGAGGAGAAGUCCCUGGACCCCAUGGUUUACAUGAACGACAAGUCCCCGUUGACCCCGGAGAAGGAGGUCGGCUACAUGGAGUUCACGGGGCCCCCGCAGAAGCCACCGCGGCUGGGUGCGCAGGCCAUCCAGCCCACAGCAAACCUGGACCGGACCGACGACCAGGUGUACCUCAACGUCAUGGAGCUGGUGCGGGCCGUGCUGGACCUCAAGAACGAGCUCUGUCAGCUGCCCCCCGAGGGCUACGUCGUGGUGGUGAAGAACGUGGGGCUGACCCUGCGGAAGCUCAUCGGGAGCGUGGACGACCUCCUGCCCUCCUUGCCAUCGUCUUCACGGACAGAAAUUGAGGGGACCCAGAAACUGCUCAACAAAGACCUGGCAGAGCUCAUCAACAAGAUGCGGCUGGCGCAGCAGAACGCGGUCACCUCCCUGAGCGAGGAGUGCAAGCGGCAGAUGCUCACGGCCUCCCACACCCUGGCUGUGGACGCCAAGAACCUGCUCGACGCCGUGGACCAGGCCAAGGUUCUGGCCAACCUGGCCCACCCGCCUGCAGAGUGACUGAGCUCGGGGGCUGCCUGCCUGCGUCUUCCACCCCCACCUGUCGUGUACCUUCCCUGCCUUGCCUUCGGCCACGCAGGUCUCCUUGGGGGCAAGGCCUGGCCUCUCUGCACGACCCCCUCUCCCCACCCCACCCCAGACUGAGCUGCCCAGGCUGCAGCUGGACAGAGGGGACCCUGAGCUGUGGACACGGGGUGGGGUGACAAAGGUGGCUCGGAGGGGACAGUGCUGCUGCCCGGCCAGCCCUCCCCAUCCCAGCCUGGCCCAUGCUGGGCACUCGUAGUGGGGGUGGGGGGGGCGCGUGGGGUGUCACGUGGUGGCCCCAGCAGCCGAGAUGGCAGGCCGAUUUGGGAACCAAGCCACUCCUCCUCUUUCCUCUUCAGCCGUCAGAGGUCCCCUGAUUCACGGAGGGGCCCGGGAGGGGCUUUAUUCGUGGGGUCGGGGGCUGGUGAGAUGAGGGAGGAGCCUGGCGUUCGUGUACAGUGUAUAGUGGAAUUUAUUUAAUGUGAGUUUGGUCUGGACUGACAGCCGUGUGCCCUGCUGCGGGAACCUGGAACGCGGGCCAGGAACAGGCUAAUUGGGAGCGUGGGGACAGCACAGGACGCUGCGUCGUCAGCAAACCGGGUGUCGGGAAAGACGCGGAGAGACGCGUCCGAGUCUGGGCCUCGGCCGAGCCCGCUCUCUCCUUCUCCCUUUUCUUCCCUCCCUUCUUUUCUCCUCUCUUUUCUUACGCCUCCCCCUUCUCCCUGCCCCUUUUCUCACGUGUUUGUGCGGAACACUCUUUUAUCGUCUUUCUAUUUGACUUGUGGCUGAAUUAAAAUCAUUGCCAUUUGC